CGCGCAAAAGAUUCCCCAGAAAAACAACAUUGCUUCCUUUUUUUUUUCUCUCUCUUUUGGUCGUGUGCUCCCCUCUCAUUUCCGUUUCUUUCCUUCCUUUCAAUCAUCUUUUUUGCCGUCUGGGUAAAUCUCCACUCCAGAACUACCUAUCCUUCCGACCCAAAAAAGCAAGAUACCUACCUUCCCAAACUCAUGACCCAGACCCAACCACAACCACAGCCAUCAAUCAUCCCUUCUGACACCGUUAAUCCAAUCCCUGUGCCUUGAAUAACCCAGUCAAACCAGUUGAACCAAUCUCCAUCGCAUACCCUUCAAUUCCCACAAGAGGGCAUCCAUCAUCCAUCACCCAGCAUGGACGGACCAUCCUCCACCCACCACCGCCCCAAGCGCCGUCGCCUGGACACGCCGGAUAAACAUGCCCAGCAACACUACCAAACCCCGCAACAUCACCACAGCCAGCACAACCACCUCUCGCACAAGAAAAACACCAACACGCCACUCAGCGCCAGCACAAGGCACAACGGCUACGCCCACUCCCACAAAAUCCAAUCCCUGGUUCCACCACCACCACCACCAGCCGCAAGGCGAACCUCCAAAAAUGAUGACGACGACAACGACGACGACGUCUCCGUCUCCGAUUCCUCGGACGAACUGGCCGCGGGCUCCCAGCACGACGAGGCCGAGGAACGCCGCCGCCGCGCCAGCUGGAGUAUCCAGAAACAGAAAAACGUGUAUACGCCGCAGAGGCCGUAUCGUCCGCCGCUGAGGCGGAGUCUGAGUGGCUCCGAGAGUCCGGAUGAGUUGACGAUUGAUGCGGAGGAGUAUUGGCGGUCGACGAGGAAGCGCGCCUCGAUUGGGGUUGUUGGGGGUGGGCAGGGGGCGCAGGGGAGGGGGAGUGGGAGUGGGAGGAGGUCGGUGGGGGGCGGAGCGGUGGGGGCGACUGCUGUGGCGGUUGCGGUUGAUGUUCCUAAGGGGAGGGGGUCUUUGUCUGGGUUAAGGGGGAAGGUUAAGGUUGAUGAUGAGGUGGAGGUGGAGGUGGAGGGGUCUGAGGAGGAGGAUGAGGAGGGGGAGGGGCAGGUAGAGGGGGAGGAUGAAGAUGGGGAAGAGGAGGAGGAUGUGGAUGUGGAUGUGGAGGUUGAUGAGGGUGAGGGUGAGGGUGAGGGUGUGGGUGAGGGUGAGGUGGGUGCUGAUACCGAUGCUGCUGCGCCGGAUGGGGAUGAAGUUGAGACUGAAAAUGCGGAGGUGGAGGUGGCCGUGGAGGUUCAGGUCGAGGAGCGGAAUCUGAAGAGUUCAGAUGGCAAGGAUCAGGAUCAGGAUCAGGCUCGGGCUCAGGAUCAGGCUCGGGCUCAGGAUCAGGCUCAGGCUCAGGCUCAGGCUCAGGAGGUCCAAGACGAAAAAGAAGAUGUGGAUGAAGGAGAGGAUAUGAAGGUGGACGAAUUUGACCAAACUUCCAAUGUCGCUGCGCUCCCCUCCACCGCCGCAGAAGCCGCCGCCGAUGCUUUUCCGCUCGAAGAAGGACAAGAUGCACCUGAAGACGACGAAAAAGAGUCUCGCGACAGCAUCAAUCACGACAACAAUGAUGACGAGAAGGCGCGUGAGGACGACGAACCCCCCCGCGACAACUACCCCGAAGACAAUGAAGACGAGGAGAUGGUCAACGCCGAUGAUGGCCUUGAUGUCGACGAACCAGAACCCACCACGAAUGGCGAUCUCAUGGAAGAGACCCCAGAAUCGUACCCCGACCGGUCACCUACGCCCGUCUCCCAACCGCCGUCACCGCCGCCGAAACCAGAUAAGUUGAAAUAUCGCGCGAAGUUCCUACUUCGCGGUCAUCUGCGGGGAGUGUCCGCCGUGCGGUUUUCGCCAGAUGCGUCGAUGAUCGCGAGUGGAGGGGCGGACGGGGCUGUCAAAGUGUGGGACACCGUGACCGGGAAAUUGAUUCAUUCGUUUGAGGGCCAUUUGGCGGGUAUCUCUACGAUCUCGUGGAGCCCGGAUGGCGCGACUAUCGCAUCUGGAUCGGAUGACAAGACGAUCCGACUGUGGAACGUCCUGACGGGCAAGGCGCAUCCGAUCCCGUUUGUCGGUCACCACAACUACGUCUACCAGAUCGCUUUCUCCCCGAAAGGCAACAUGCUCGUCAGCGGAUCCUACGAUGAGGCGGUCUUCCUGUGGGACGUGCGGUCGGCGCAGGUGAUGCGGUCGCUGCCGGCGCAUUCGGACCCGGUGGGCGGCAUCGACGUGGUCUGGGACGGGACGCUGAUCGCCUCGUGCGCGACGGACGGGCUGAUCCGCAUCUGGGAUACGGCGUCGGGCCAGUGUCUGCGCACGCUGGUGCACGAGGACAACCCGCCCGUCACGGCGGUCAAGUUCUCCCCGAACGGGAAGUACGUGUUGGCGUGGACGCUGGACGACUGCGUGCGACUGUGGGACUACGUGGCCGGCCGGUGCAUCAAGACCUACCAGGGUCACAGCAACCGGAAGUACAGCCUGCAGGGCGGGUUUGGCACGUACGGCGGAGAGUCAGGGAACGGCAGCGGCAGCGGGAUGCCGGUGUAUGCCUUUGCGGUCAGCGGCAGCGAGGACGGUGCCGUGUUGUGCUGGGACGUGGUGAGCAAGCAGGUUCUGCAGCGCAUUGAGGGCCACACGGGAGUGGUGUUGGGGGUGGAUACGUGCUCGCUUGGAGGGGCGCGGCUGAUGGUCAGCUGCGGGCUGGAUGGGACCGUUCGCGUCUGGGAGGAGGCGAGCACCGCCGGCGAUGGGCAUGGCCCGACGACCAACGGCGCGCAGACGAAUGGCACCGUGCUGAACGGCUACGGGGGUUCGAUCUCCGACCCCAACACGCCGGCCGAACUGGCGGGCACUGAGGACGCAACUCCGAUGGCAACGACCGCGACGGAGGCUGGGUUUGCCCAGACCAACGGACACCAUAGCAUGUCCGAGCCAGAAGAUACCGAGAUGGGUGGGGCCUGAAUGAUAAAAGCAAUCGCAUCAACAGCAGCAGCUUCUUUACUGUACAGCGGUGUAAACCAAGGGAUGGACGGAAUGGCGUUUUUAGGUUGAGGGUGGGUGGGUUGUAUACUAGACAUGAGGGCCGAACCACAAUUACUCAACAUCUACCGUGAGCAACUAGGGGAGACAAAACCCCUACCAGCGGAGGGAUGGAGGAUUGUCUGUUUGUAUGUACUAUUAUUUCUAAUGCUGGAAGGAUAUCUGGCCCGUCAUCUUUGACAGAUUUUGACAGAGGAAAGAGAUGGAAGCAAGACCAGCCCUAAAUAGCUAGCUAGUCCUGAAGGAUGCGAAGCGUCGAAAGUCAUCAAGCAACGAUAAGAACAUUGUAUGGGGACUGGAUUGAGAAGCUAUACUAU